AUGAGGAUAGGUUGUUUACAGUUCGCCCCCCAAGUGGGUGAUGUUGACAAUAACCUCAAUCGAGCCGACGCGGUCUUGAGCAAAGCCGAUCCUGGAGAUCUUGAUCUUCUCGUUCUUCCAGAGCUGUCGUUUUCCGGCUACAAUUUCACGUCGCUGAGCCAUAUUGCGCCUUAUCUCGAACAAUCAGGCUCCGGCAUCACGUCGUUAUGGGCUCGAACAACUGCCCUGAAGUACGGCUGCAACCUCGUUGUUGGAUACCCAGAAAAAGUUGAUAUGACAGACGACUGGCCAGCAAGCCCUGAAUACUACAAUGCGGCUCUUGUAGUCAACGAGGACGGCGAAACGAUUGCCAACUACAGGAAGACGUUUCUGUAUUACACCGACGAGACCUGGGCACUGGAAGGAGAUGAAGGGUUCUACAGAGGAACCAUUCCCGGCUUGGGCCGAACUUCCAUCGGCAUUUGUAAUCCUUACAAGUUUGAAGCGCCAUGGCAUGCCCACGAGUUCGCAUUUCAUGUCAUGGAGUCCUAUUCUAACUUGGUUAUCAUGUCAAUGGCCUGGUUGACCCGCGCAGAUGCUCAGGUAUUCACGUCAACCCCGAAUGAACCCGAUAUGGACACCUUGACCUACUGGGUCGCACGUCUGGAGCCCCUGAUUCGGAGUGAGAAUGAUGAUGAGAUCAUUGUAGUGUUCUGCAACAGAGCCGGCAUAGAAGACGACGCUGUCUAUGCCGGUACUAGUGCUGUCAUUGGCGUUCAACACGGCGAGGUCAAAAUUUACGGGGUUCUCGGACGUGGUGAGAAGAAGCUGUUGGUCGUCGACACGAACGAGGCACCUUAUGCAAAGCUGGUCUAUCGCCCCGAGCCUGAGGAACCUGUUACUGCACAGAACGAG